AUGCCAGAGUACCAUCCAGGCACAGAUAUCGAGAUUCCCAGCGGCGUGCCAACCAGUGGCUUCAGGAAUGCCAUUCCCAACACCAAGCGAUACAUGAAGCACAACCUCGUCGAUCUGAAGGCUGUUUGCGAGGCGUCGUACACAGGCGACUACGACAAGCUGGAGGAAAUGCUGGCAACCGGCGACGAGAAAACAUUGUUCAACGGCGACUUGAAUGGCUUCGUCAACAAUAUCACCGCCAUGCAGAUGGCCGCGAUGGCCGGACAGACGGAGUGCGUGGCGCUCUUGCUUAAGGCGAAGGCAGACCCCCACGUCAAGGAGAGCAUGAAUUACGGAAACGAUCCCGAGGACGGCCGAACAGCGCUGGAGUUUGCCAAGGAGUCCGGCUAUGAUGACAUCGUAGAGGUCUUGGAGCAAUCCGAGAAGGACACCCCUUAUGGCUGGUAUGUUCCUUCUGGCGAGGGCAACAACGCGAAGGUCUACGGGUGCUGGCAGUGGGGCAAGAAGCCGCCAAAGGGGUACUUCUCUUCCAGGCCCGGUGCUGCGGAGGCGAACGGCUUCGACCCUAUGAAGUACGGAACCGGCCCCAUCAAGGACGACGACGACGAGGAAGAGGUGGUGCAGAUGCUGGAUGCCCCCAAGAUCGUCACGCCAGCGGCCCCCAAGGCAUUGCCAGCCACUCCUGCAGAGCCUGCCACGCUUCCAGUCCGAGACCUGGAAUGA